AUGCACAACAAACUUAUUGGAAGUCUGCUGAUAGGAUCCUUCAAAGUAGAUCUGGGAACAGUUUACAACCAGCCAGGUCACCAGUUUUGUGAUAAGUGGGCUCUUCUCACAGACCCAGCUGAUAUCAGGACGGGCACCAAGGGGUAUCUGAAAUGUGAUAUCAGCGUGGCUGGGAAAGGAGACAUCCUGCAGACCAAUCCCAAGACAUCUGAUGCUGAAGAGCAGAUAGAAAAGAACCUUUUGGUCCCCCACGGAUUCCCCUCUGAGAGACCUUGGGCCAGAUUCUAUGUGAGACUCUAUCGAGCAGAGGGCUUGCCCAAAAUGAACUCUAGCAUCAUGGCCAACGUCACCAAAGCAUUCGUGGGGGACAGCAAGGACCUGGUGGAUCCCUUUGUGGAGGUCACUUUUGCAGGCCAAGUGGGGAGGACUACAGUGAAGAAAAAUUGUGCAGAUCCUGUGUGGCACGAACAGGUCAUUUUUAAAGAAAUGUUCCCUCCCUUGUGUCGAAGAGUUAAAAUCCAAGUGUGGGAUGAAGGUAGCAUGAAUGAUGUAGCCUUGGCAACACACUUCAUUGACUUGAAGCAAAUCUCUAAUGAGCAAGAUGGAGAUAAAGGUUUCCUGCCCACAUUUGGACCUGCUUGGAUCAACCUGUAUGGCUCUCCCAGAAACCAGAGCUUAAUGGAUGAUUACCAGGAACUUAAUGAAGGCUUUGGGGAAGGGGUCUCAUUUAGGGGCCGCAUUCUGAUAGAAAUUGCUGUGGAAAUUCUCUCAGGUGGGGCACAGGAAUCCAAGUUUUCAAAGGCCCUGAAGGACCUCAAGCUCUCUAAAGACAAGGCUUCCAAAGGCUCUGGGAAGGACAAGGCAGACAAAACUGAGGAUGGAAAGGCACACGCACCUUCAGAUAAGAGCAAUUCAACUGAGGCUGAAGUAGAACCUUUUGAUGUACCCCCUGAGAUUGUCCCAGAAAAAUAUGAAGAUUUCCUACUCUUUGGAGCCUUUUUUGAAGCUACCAUGAUUGACCGGAAAAUUGGAGACAAACCUAUUAGCUUUGAGGUUUCUGUAGGUAAUUUUGGAAAUGUUAUAGAUGGUGGCUCUCACCAUGGGAGUAAGAAGAAGUCUUCAGAAACCCCAGAAGAGGAAAAUGAACCCCUGCUUCAGGAGGGCAAUAUGGACUCUGCCCAUGACAUUCCCAUCGCUUCCAUGUCCACCACACACCCUGAGAAGCCCUUGGUGACAGAAGGGAACAGGAAUUAUCACUACUUGCCAUUCGAGGCCAAGAAGCCGUGUGUCUACUUCAUGAGUUCGUGGGGAGAUCAGACCUUCAGGCUCCAUUGGUCCAAUAUGCUGGACAAAAUGGCAGAUAGCCUAGUAAGUGCUUUUGAUGGGGUGAAGUCUUUAAAAUGAAUGAGGAACCAGGAGAACGGGAGUCAUUUCUCAACUACCAGGAUAGAACCUUGUAUCAUUAACCCUGUGUCCCUAUCAUUAUUCUUUAUUUAUAGUGCCUUCAUCUCUCAAGCAGAAAAUAAACCCAAAAUGUUGAACCAGACCACUUUGGACAAGAAACGACUCACAUUAUGUUGGCAAGAACUGGAGGCGAUGGCCAGUGAUGCCAAAGGACUCAUCCAGCAGCAAAAGAAGAAGAUGUCUAUAGAUGAAUUAAUUAAUGAAGCUCAGAACAUUGUGGACAAAAUCCGGUUCUUGGUUGAUGAGCCACAACAUACGAUACCCGACGUCUUCAUUUGGAUGCUCAGCAAUAACAAACGAGUGGCCUAUGUGAGGAUUUCAUCCAAAGACUUGCUCUAUUCCCCGGCUAAUGAGCAGAGGGGAAAACACUGUGGGAAACUUCAAACUCACUUUCUGAAAGAUUGUUUAACAUUAGGUUGUACGAAAGCCUGUCAAAUAAAGAGCGAUGUGGACACAGCUGCCCGUGCAGGAAGCUCCUGCCCUGAGUUGCACACAUGCACAUUCCAGCACAUCUUCCAGUUAAGAGCACACAUGUACCAGGCCAGGGGACUCAUAGCUGCAGACAGCACUGGACUCUCUGAUCCCUUUGCCAAAGUCACCUUUCUAUCACAUUGUCAGACCACAAAGGUUAUAUCCCAGACACUAUCCCCUACCUGGAACCAGAUGCUGCUGUUCAACAAUAUCUCUCUUUAUGGGGACCAAAGGGAAGUUGCCGAAUCCCCACCCCUAGUUGUGGUGGAGCUCUAUGAUAGCGAUGCAGUGGGGAAACCAGAAUAUUUAGGAUCUACUGUGGCUGCUCCUGUUGUGAAGCUUGCAGAUCAUGAAUAUGAACCACCCAGACUUUCCUAUCACCCAAUCUUUUGUGGCAAUCUUGAUGGAGGGGACCUCCUUGCAGUAUUUGAACUCUUGCAGGUUCCUUCCUCAGGUCCACAAGAUCUUCCUCCCUUUGACCAACCUGAUGUCGCCCAGAUCUAUCCUGUCCCUGCCAAUAUCCGUCCUGUGCUGAGUACUUACAGAGUAGAGGUUCUCUUCUGGGGUGUUCGUGAAAUGAAGAAAGUCCAGUUGCUCUCAGUGGAUCGCCCUCAAGUACUCAUAGAAUGUGCCGGGAGAGGAGUCAAAUCCUGUGUAAUUCAGAGCUACAAGAAUAACCCUAACUUCAACAUCCAAGUGGAUUGGUUUGAAGUGGAACUGCCAGAGAACGAGCUCCUCCAUCCUCCUCUGAGCAUCUGUGUGGUGGAUUGGAGGGCUUUUGGGAGGAGCACCCUCGUGGGCACCUAUACUAUCAACUGCCUCAAGCAAUUUUUGGUCAAACCCAGGGAGCUCCCUGCCCUGAUCUCUGAAGUAGAUGCAGCCCAACAAGUUCAAGCUGCACCUGAUUCACCAGUAGACACGGAACCAUCUGGGUCCCUCAUCUCAUCCCAGGACCCUUCACCAGAUCAUAUCUAUGUUCAAGUUGAGCAACCGCCCACUGUUGUGCCAGACACAGACCAAGUUCAGACAGCCAGCCUCGCUCCCUUGGAUGUUCCUGACUCCUCACCCAUGCUGGAGCCUGAAAUCAAACCUACAACUCUUGAGCUACCUAAGGAGGAAAAAGUAAAGGAUGCCAGGAAAUUUUCCAGGAGAUCCACGAAAAGGAAAAAAAGGACCAUAGCAGAUGAGUCUGCAGAAAAUGUAAUUGAUUGGUGGUCAAAGUAUUAUGCUUCCCUGAAGAAAGUACCAAAGGAAAAAGAAAGAAAAGACAACAAAGAUAACAAAACAGACCAGGUGGUAGUGACUAUAGAAGACACGCCAAAGAAGAAGAAAGAUAAAAUGUUCAAGAAGAAACCAAAGGAAGCAAACAUACCAAACCUAGCCACCUUGAAGAUAUAUGAUGGAGAUCUAGAGAAUGAAUUUAAUAAUUUUGAAGACUGGGUGAAAACCUUCGAGCUCUUCAGAGGCAAGUCCAUGGAAGAUGAUCACAGCAUCGAUGGAGACAGAGUAAUAGGGAAAUUCAAGGGCUCUUUCUGCAUUUACAAAAGUCCAGAGGACCCCAGCCUAGAGGAAGGAGGACAGCUUCGAAUCCAGCAGGGGAUUCCACCCAACCAUUCUAUCAAAGUCCUGAUCAGAGUAUAUAUUGUUGCUGCAUUUAACCUCAGCCCAGCUGAUCCAGAUGGUAAAUCUGAUCCCUACAUUGCGCUAACCCUUGGCAAAACUGAAAUUAAGGACCGGGAGAAAUAUAUUCCCAAACAACUGAAUCCAGUAUUUGGAAGGUCAUUUGAGAUUCAGGCUACAUUUCCUAAAGAAACUCUGCUCAUAGUUCGAAUAUAUGACCAUGACAUGAUUGGGUCAGAUGAUCUCAUUGGAGAGACCAAAAUUGACCUGGAGAACCGCUUCUAUAGUAAGCAUCGAGCAAUCUGUGGCUUACAGAGCCAGUAUGAGAUAGAAGGGUACAAUGCCUGGAGGGACACAUCCAAACCCACUGAAAUACUCACCAAACUCUGCAAAGAUAACAAGCUGAUUGGGCCUUACUUUCGACCUGGGGAGAUCCAGGUUGGAAAUAAGGUCUUCUCUGGGAAAACAGUCUUCACUGAAGAGGGCACUGAUGAGAUGGUUGAAUCUUAUGAGCACUUGGCACUCAAGGUUUUACAUUCCUGGGAUGAAAUCCCAGAAGUUGGAUGUAAGCUUGUUCCAGAGCAUAUAGAAACCCGACCUUUGUACCACAAGGAUAAGCCAGGAAUGGAACAGGGUCGCCUGCAGAUGUGGGUGGACAUGUUUCCCAAAGACAUGCCACAGCCUGGACCACCUGUUGACAUCUCUCCAAGGAAACCAAAAGGUUAUGAAUUGAGAGUGAUAAUCUGGAAUACAGCAGAUGUCAUUUUAGAGGAUGAAAAUAUCUUCACAGGACAAAAAUCAAGUGACAUUUAUGUUAAAGGAUGGAUAAAGGGCAUGGAAGAGGAUAGACAGGAGACAGAUGUGCAUUAUAACUCUCUGACUGGAGAGGGCAACUUCAACUGGAGGUUCCUGUUUCCAUUUCAGUAUCUCCCCGCUGAGAAGCAAGUGGUCAUCUCCAAAAGAGAAAACAUCUUUUCCUUAGAAAAGACAGAGAGGAAGAUUCCAGCUGAGCUUGUUCUCCAGGUGUGGGACUUUGAAAGGCUCUCUUCAGAUGAUUUUCUAGGCUCUCUAGAAAUGAACCUCAAUGGCUUCCCUAGAGCAGCAAAAUCUGCCAAGGCCUGUGAUCUUCCAAAAUCUGCCAACUUGAGUGAGGAAAACAAAAUCUCCAUAUUCCAGCAGAAGAGAGUGAGGGGCUGGUGGCCUUUUGUCAAAGCUGGAGAGCUCACUGGUAAAGUAGAAGCUGAAUUCCAUUUAGUCACUGCUGAAGAAGCUGAAAAAAACCCUGUUGGUAAAGCUCGGAAAGAACCAGAACCCCUGGACAAGCCCAACCGCCCAGACACCUCCUUCUCCUGGUUCGUGAGCCCCUUCAAGUGCCUGUAUCACCUCAUCUGGAAGAAUUACAAGAAGUACAUCAUCAUUGGCUUCAUUCUCAUCAUCCUUAUCAUCUUUCUGGUGCUUUUCAUCUACACACUGCCCGGAGCCAUCAGCCGCAAGAUCGUUGUGGGCUCCUAG